AAGAGGCUGGAGUGCGGCAAGGAAGCGCAGUUCAAAUGUGUCCUGUGCCACGCGAGAUUCAAACACAAGCACAGCCUGCUGAGGCAUUACAACGUCCACAUAGCCGACAUGAAGAUCGCGAACACGUUCGGAAACGAGGACAGAUCCACCUGACGGAUGGAAUGGCAGGGAUUCUCGCAUCUUCGAGAAGCAAUGCGAGCAAGUCCUGCUAAUCCGAGUAUGACGCACUACAAUGCUCAUCAACAAGUUCCAGUACAGCUGCAUCGCUUUACGACACCCAUGUGCCACACUUACAACCAUGUGAAUUUUACGCAACGCGCGUUGGCCUGCAGCAAUUGCCCGCGUACGUACAGCACUAUGCGCGCACUGAGGUUCCACGAGACCACCGAGUGCAAUCAGAAUCCGAAGUUCAUCUGUGAUUUUUGCACCUACCGAUCCCUCAGACGGGCCAAUCUGCGGAGGCACAUGCUGCGGAGGCACAAGAGGGACAUGCUGUAGUAAGCGGGACCUCUUGACUCUAUAUACUUAUAUCUGUCCGAUGUGUCUCUCUUCUAACCAACUUGUAACUUCGAACGAUUCGCCGAGCUGGAGGCUUCCCACCGAACAACUCGUGACGAAAGACGUCUACCACGACUCAAAUCUCAAACCUACAAACUAUGCAAAAUUUGUGCGAUCCAGAUCGGUCAAAGGGUUUGGAGCGUACAAGGAUGCUAUUACUCGAUUGUCGCCGCAUCGGAAGAACUGAAAUCUGAAGCCGAGGGUGACACCUUCGGAUCCACUGGCGUGCGCUAUGUUGGGCCAACAUUGAAGCACCAAUGAUUACAACCACGUGCAUAUGUUCCAAGUACUCUUACAAAACUGAGAGGAAAUUCAAUAUGCAUAAGCACUUUGUGAACGCAGGCACAUAGAAAAAAAAUAAUUCCGUUAGUGCAAUUGAAUGUUCUGUUACAUGGGCGUCAAGCGAAAACUCGGUUGUAACAACAGAAAAAUUCCCCUAGGAGGUUUCUACUCCGCCACUGGCUCCCAGUUGUCUCAACCGAGUUUUAACGUAGCUGAGUGUUUAGACGAGUGUUUUCGUGUGACAGAGAUAUUAUUCCUCGUCAGUAGGUUUUUCGUCUGGUCCCCAUUCAGGUAAACCAACUGAAAAUUCCCUUCCGUGCGUGUUGAGAAUGCAUUGUGAAGGAAAGACGCGUCCGAAACCGGAUUCGGUUUCUUCAUAUAUAUGUAACGCUUUCUCUGGCCAGUAAAUCAAAGCGGAAGGAGUUUCGAAACGUGUCGAGCACGUUUUCUUUCAGAUAUCGUAACUUUCCAAACUUUGAAAUAGUUCGAAAAAAAUUUUCAACUUUGAGAAACAUAUUUCCCCAAAUCAAAACGAAAUAGGAUCGUAAACUGAUGUUGCCUUUGUUUUUCUUUUCUUUCUCUUUGUUCCCUCUUCCUUAAUAUCUUCCUAAUAAGUGAUGCAAUAAUUCUGUAUUGCAAAGCAUAUAAUUUUGAUUGGCUGAACGCGACCAUGUUUGCGACAUACGUUGAGACGUUAUCGACAGUUUUCUCGGCUUUUGUACGUCAAACAUGCUUUCAACCAAGAUAUCUCAGGAACAAAAACUGUAAUCGCUUUUUCUAACGUCGAUAUGAGUUUUUGAUUGUAGUCAAUCAGAUUAAAAAAUCAUUCUACGGGGUCUGCGGUGUUUUAUCAUUGAUGCAAACGUCAUCUUCUUCAUCGAAGUUUUCUUUCUUCGGCAGAUCAUUCAACAUCCACCGUCCAUUCAAAACACGCCAUUUUCAGCACAUGCGAUUGUCUUUUUGCGUAACAAAUAAGAUAAAUAAAUUGUACUUAAAUAUAUCUAAAACAUCUUGUAUAAAUGCAUUUAGGUAUACACACAUGUAUACAUAUUUAACAUGUCCGCAAUCGUCUAAAGGUUACAUAAAAAUAUUUGUAAGCAACCCGCAACAAAGACGCAGACAAAUAUCGAAACAUCACAAUCGCUUAAAGCGAAAUUCUGGUUUAGAUGGUCGGAAAAUAGGAAGUUUUUUCGAAAUUUUUUCCAAAAAGUUGAUAAAAAUAUCAAUAUAGGUUUUUGAUCGUACUACUCAUUAUUGUUUUAAAUAUAAAAAAUUAUCAGAGAAAAUUGGAAUUCCGUCUAAAUUUUUUAUAGCGAGCGUGAUGUCGUUGAACGCCUCUAACUGGCAGGCAACAUCACAAUUUGUGUAAUAUUUUGAAACAAAUGGGACAAGAAGAUCUGAAAACUUGCUGAAGGGUGAAUCUGAGUCCUUUGGAAAAUUUCCAACAUUAAUAUUUUUCUCGGGACACUAAAUAAAAAAGAAAGUGAGAACUAAAUAAAAAAAGCAAAUGAGAAGAAAAAUGACUUGUAAUUUCAAAGUGCUGCCGUUUUGUUAAAUUUUCACUUUCUGCAUAUAAUAAAGGUUCAUUCUGCAGAAAAUUUAACACAUUUAAAAAUUUCCUUGUUUCAUUUAUUUCGCAUUGUUAGUUCGCUUUAGUUGUACUGUCGCCCAUCAUUUAGAGGCAUUCGACGACACUGCAUUCAGCACAAAAAAUCUGUUAAUGAAAUUACAAUUUUUUCAGUGAAAAAAUAAUAUUUUAAAAAUAAUAUUUUUUUAUACUUAAAACCAUAAUAAAUAGCACAAUCAGAACUCUACAUCGAUAUUUUUAUUCAUUUUUGUGAAAAAAAUUCUUAAAAACUCCUAUUUUUUCGGUUAUCUAAACUAGAACCUCUCAUUCAAUAAAAUGAAGAAUCGAUGUAAGUGCGUGUCUUGUGAAUAGAAAAAGGAUUUUCUACGGCUGUACCACGCUCUCUUAUUAACAAGCGCAUGUCUUUUCUUGUAUGC